UGAGCGGGAGCGAGUAAACAAUCCCUUUUGCUCGCGACGGUACCGAUUUUUGCAACCAUCCGCCCGCCGUCAGUGCCGAUCGAUUGCUGCGAGGAGUGAAACGUUGUUGAAGGCGCCUCCAUCAGGUGCGCUCUGUAUGACCAACCUUUGGCAAGUGGCUUCUUGAGAACCACAGGCGUGCUUAGACAGUGGAUUAGUCGCGUGGGCAUUCGUUUUGCAUCGCUAGUGUACGUGUGGCGGUGCUUCGGAAGAAAGAAAACCCCUUUUGAAAGUACUUCAACAAAUCGAAAAUGCCUUCGGAACCGCAAAUCUUCAAUCCGCACCCGGAGGUGGCGGAGAAGGCGUACAUCAACAGCAUGCCGCAGUACCAGGAGUUCUACCAGCAGUCGCUAGAGAACCCGGGCCAGUUCUGGGCCAACGUCGCCAAGCAGUUCCACUGGGAGACCCCGUACGAUCCGAAGAACUUCUUCUCGUACAACUUCGACAUCUCCAAGGGUCCCAUCUUCGUCAAGUGGAUGGAGGGUGCGUCGACCAACAUUUGCUACAACUUGCUCGACCGCAACGUCAAGAAUGGUCUCGGCGACACGGUGGCGUACUACUGGGAGGGCAACCAUCCGGACGAUUUCAGCCGCCUGACGUACCGGAAGCUGCUGGAGGAGGUAUGCCGCUUUUCGAACGUCCUGAAGGCGCACGGCGUCAAGAAGGGCGACCGGGUGUCGAUAUACAUGCCGAUGACGAUGGAACUGCCGGUGGCAAUGCUGGCGUGCGCAAGAAUCGGAGCCGUCCACUCGAUCGUCUUCGCCGGCUUUUCGUCCGAUUCGCUUGCGGAGCGCAUGCACGACUGCCAGGCGAAGGUGCUGAUCACCGCCGACGGGGCCUGGCGGGGUGAGAAAAUUUUGCAUUUAAAAGAGAUCUGUGAUAUCGCCCUGGACAAGGCGGAAGAGCUGGGCCACCACGUGGAGACCUGCAUCGUGGUAUCGCACAUCAACCGGGUCACACCGGGCAAGGCGGACUGGGACGGUGCGUUCGACACCCCUUGGACGGAUGAUCGCGAUUUCUGGUGGCACCAGGAGAUGGAGGAAGCGGAACCGGCCUGCUACCCGGAGUGGAUGGCGGCCGAAGAUCCGCUGUUCAUGCUGUACACGAGCGGUUCGACGGGCAAACCGAAGGGCGUGCUGCACACUACCGCCGGUUACCUCCUGUACGCGGCCACCACCUUCAAGAUCGUGUUCGACUACAAACCGCAAGACAUUUACUGGUGCACGGCCGACAUCGGGUGGAUUACGGGCCACACGUACGUCCUGUACGGUCCGCUGGCGAACGGGGCCACGUCCGUCAUGUUCGAAGGCACGCCCUUCUUUCCGGACAACGGCCGCUACUGGGAGAUCAUCGACAAGUACAAGGUGUCUCAGUUCUACACCGCACCGACGGCCAUUCGCUCGCUGAUGAAGUUCGGCGACGAGCCCGUCCUGAAGCACGAUCUCUCCACACUGAGAGUCCUUGGCAGCGUCGGUGAACCAAUCAACCCCGAGGCCUGGCUCUGGUACUAUCGGUUGAUCGGCAAGGAGCGCUGCUCGAUCGUGGAUACCUUCUGGCAAACGGAAACCGGUGGCCACGUCAUCACGCCCCUCCCAGGAGCCACUCCGAUGAAACCGGGAUCCGCUUCGUUUCCGUUCUUUGGCGUGAAGCCAACGCUGCUGGACGAGAGUGGCACAGAGAUCACGGGUGAGGGCGAGGGCUAUCUGGUGUUCUCGCAACCGUGGCCCGGAAUGAUGCGCACACUGUUCAACAACCAUCCUCGCUACGAGUCCACAUACUUUUCCAAGUUCAACGGUUACUACUGCACGGGAGAUGGUGCCCGUCGGGAUGCGGAUGGCUACUACUGGGUGACCGGGCGCGUUGACGACAUGCUGAACGUAUCCGGGCACCUGAUGUCGACCUCGGAGGUGGAAUCGGUCCUGACGCAGCAUCCGCGUGUCUCGGAGGCAGCCGUCGUUUCGCGGCCCCACCCGGUCAAGGGCGAGUGUCUGUACUGUUUCAUCACGCCGAACCAGAGCGAAGCCUUCGACAAGACGCUGGUCAACGAGCUGAAGGUGCUGGUACGGGAACGCAUCGGACCGUUCGCGCAGCCCGACGUCAUUCAGCAUGCCCCAGGCCUGCCAAAGACACGCUCCGGAAAGAUCAUGAGGCGGGUACUGCGCAAGAUUGCGAUCAACGAUCGCGAUGUGGGAGACACUUCGACGCUCGCCGACGAAGCCAUCAUCGAGCAGCUGUUCGCCAAUCGGCCUACGAACUAGGGAGCGGGUGCGGCCCGUACGCUUUAAUUUCCUCCAUCAUGGCGCUAACCUCAUCUGGCUAAAUCUGCUAAAGUUCACUGUGCUAAAAAGAAAAACCAAAAAAACCACACAAAUCGAAUGCUGGACAUCGGGGAACAAAAAAUGGCGCGCUACGUCGGUUAGCAAAUGUUUGUUUUCCUGUACAGGACCGCGGGAAGAACAAGGCCACAGGCCACAAAUUGCUGUUAACGAGAUUGGCAUAGUUUAUUAUCCGCCGGGUGGGCUUGAACCUACCACAGACCUGCGUAACGCUGAGGGAUACCUUUAAGUAGUAGAUGUUAUUGCACACGCUAACAAAUUUAAGGCUAAUUGUUUUAGUAUUAAAUGUUUGCUAGGCCAGGAGCCACGGACCGGACGGUCUGCGCUGUCGUACUGUUGGCAAUCUCAAACGCUUCAUCGGAUUUCGCAUUAGCAAAAACGGACGACGGAGACGGGAAGGGCGCUGUCGUUGGUUGGUGUUAUGGGAUGCGAUCACUUGGCGAUCGUGAACGGACAACGAGAAUGCGGAGCAUUCGAAGGAUAGGAUAAACGCUGAUCACACACAUCUAAGCCCCGAAACAUACCCCACUCACAAACCAUACACGAAUCCAUCGUAUGGUCACGCCGGAAUCAUGCAAAGCUAUGUAGUUGCUGGUGCGCUUUUAUCACCGUGAUAGCAUGCGUUUAGCAUGCGUAGGACAGCGCGUACGCAGUGAGCGCGAUAGUUUGCUUCUGUUUUGUUUACUUUUCCUCUCGUUAUAAGUUUUAUCACAAAUAAACUCACUCACAAAGCAUA